AUGGUGGAGUUAUGGGAAGAAAAGGGUUACAGAUACUUGGGGCUGAAAAGCCAGAAUUUACGGGAUCAAGCCUCGAGAUUGGAGAAAAUGGAGCAAGAGCAGAACUAUACACGAAAUAAUAGCACUUUAUUCGAGAGUGGGAACAGGUUAGAAAUUGAGUCGGAUGAUAUAGAAGAGAAGGCAGCCGAGGAAAAUAAUAAUCAAGCUGACUUGCGAAACAAUCAAAACAAUAGCCCGCAGCAGCAGUUUGAAAACGCUAAUUCCGUUAUCUCGGAUUUUCAUCAGCCAGUAACAACCGAGAGUGGCCGAGUACCUUCUCCCAUGGGACUGGCUAGUACAAUAGUCACAGAUCAAAACAAAAUCAAACCAAAUCUGCCCGAUUAUGUUUUGUUUCCUUCCGAAAUAAAGAACAAAACAUGGGGUAAUAUUAGCUACGCGAGCUUCUGUAAUAUUGUCAAUGGUGUUUACGACGAAAUCGUCUACUACAGGAGAAAUAUAUCCAAUUUACCAUCUAGCCGUGCAGGGAAGAGUUUCAUUGAAGAAUUAACUUUCUGGAUUAAGCAGUUCAAUGCAGAUUCUGAUUUGAACUCAGUUGCCUUGAAAGCAUUCACGGUGCUCCCAACUUUGAUCCUGCAGAAACCGUCCGCUACUUCUAAAAGCGAGGAACACAGCGCCGCAAUAGAGCGUUGA